AGAACACUUGGACCCCUGCGACUUCCUGAAAGCUCUCUGCUGGGCCUGCAGGAGGGAGUGCGAGGCCACCGCCAGGGAGGCCCCCGAGUCACCUUACACUCUCAGGAGACUUCCCAGGGGGACCAGCAGGACACAUGACGUGUACCCGGAAGUCCUCCGCGGAGCCAGCCUGCAGCGGGAGCGGCAGACAUGUCAGGAAACACCACCCUGGUGACCAGCCCCGGCCCCGGCGUGCCUCUCGCAAACUGCAGCGUAUCCUUUGAGGAGAGCAGAGUGUUCCUAGUGGUGGUGUACAGCGUGGUGUGCGCCGUGGGCCUGCCCACCAACUGCCUGACCGCCUGGUUGACGCUGCAGCAGGCGCUGCAGGGCCACGUGCUGGCUGUCUACCUGUUCUGCCUGGCGCUGUGCGAGCUGCUAUAUAGCAGCACCCUGCCUCUCUGGGUCAUUUACAUCCAGAACCAGCACCACUGGACCCUGGGCCCCUGGGCCUGCAAGGUGACCGCCUACAUCUUCUUUUGCAACCUCUACGUCAGCAUCCUGCUCUUGUGCUGCGUCUCCUGCGACCGCUUCCUGGCGGUGGUGUACACCCUGGAGAGCCGAGGCCGCCGCCACCAGAAGACCGCUGUCCUCGUCUCUGCGUGCGUCUUCGUUCUCGUCGCGCUUGUGCACUACCCGGUGUUCAACAUGCCCGACAGGGACACCUGCUAUGAGACGCUGCCGAUGGACGGCAGGACCGCCGGCUACUACUACGCGCGCUUCACCGUCGGGUUCGCCGUCCCUCUCUCCAUCAUCGCGUUCACCAACCAGCGCAUCCUCAGGAGCAUCAGGCUGAGCUCGGGCCUGGGUGCCGCCCAGAAGGCCAGGGUAAAGCGCUCGGCCAUCGCGGUGGUGGCCAUCUUCCUGGUCUGCUUCGCGCCCUACCAUCUGGUGCUCCUGGUCAGUGCUGUCGCCUUUUCCUACUACAGAGGAGACGCGGACUCCGUGUGCGCCUUCCAAGCCAGACUGCACACGGUCUCUGCCGUGUUCCUGUGCCUGUCCACGGUGAACAGCGUGGCUGACCCCAUCAUCUAUGUGCUGGCCACAGAGCAUUCACGGCAAAAAGUGUCCAGAAUCCACCAGCAGUGGAGAAGCUGGCCUGCAAGGACCGAAGGCACCAAGCUCACAUGUUUGAAGGACUCCGAAGAGGCACCGGUGGCCAUGUUGCUCCCAAAUGGCUACAGGCUCCCUAGGUCAGUCCACCCACCAGGGUCACAGCCGGGGGGCUCACGGUGCAUCCCGGAGGGGCUGAGUGAGGAAUCCUGCUGAGCCCAGGGCACUGCAGGGCGGGAUGUCCGGCACGGAGUCCGGGCCAGCAGCAGCUUUCCCAUGCACUGACACGGACAGCCUGUGCCUGUGGUGCUGGCCCUGGAGCCCCCUCUGGAAGACACACCUCUGAUGUCUCAUUCCUGGAGUCAUGCUCCCCGUGAGCCUCUGCCCAUGGGGGUCCCAGCCCCCUAGGCUUUCCCAUGGCAGGGAGCCCAGGAGAGCCUCUUAACUCCUGCCGGUUCUGGCUCCCUUGGCUACUAGCAAAUGGCAGGGCAGUUGGCAGAGGCCAUGUGUCUGCUUGGUGCUGCCAGCAGCUGGCACGUGCCAUGCACACCAUAGGUGCCCAGUCAGCAUCCAGGGUAAUGACUUCAUUUUCUGAGCUUUUCAGCAAGUGUUCUUGGAUGACAUCAUGGGGCCUUUGUGCUUCUGCCUUAGAACGUCCAAACCGUGUUCCUUCAAGCAGUAACUGGCCACCGUGGGAUAGCCCGGGGCCUGCAAAGGAGCAGGAGCCCAGCCCCAAGGGCCCUCGGCCGGGCUUGGCUGUGCCGACCAGGUCUGAAGCCGCAGGCUGCCACGGGCCGUUAGGGGAGCCGUGGGGCAGAGCGCAAGCUCCUCUGCCUUCCAGCAGGGCCACCCGCACGUCUACCGUAGGAGGCCCCGGGUGCCCACAGCUCCUACGCCCGUUGGCCAGAAAUGCUGGUGGGCACCCCAGGAAGGGGGACACGCCUGCCAUUAAGGCCCAGAGAAUGGCUGGAUGUCCUUCAUUGUCAGGGGAGAAGCUGGCAGGGGGCUUGGGACAGCAAAUCAGGGUCCAGCAGGUGACAACCCCGAGGCCUCUCCGAAUGGAACAUGGAACUGAGUCUGAUGCGCAGCUGUGGGGAAGUUGGCUCCCUGGAAAACGCACAGCUUAGCAUCAGAUCCUGGCUCAGCCCUUGGCAAGCCUUAUCUAGGCCAUGCCACAGCGCUGCCUCAGUUUCUCCGUCUGUAACAGGGCCAAUGACACCUACCUCAGCGGGUCAGUGUUGGGGCUGACCCACUACCUCUGCUUCAGGCAUUCACUUUACAGAGGCCAGCAGCCCAGCACCCCUCCCACAGAGGCCCAGGCACCCCAAGGCCCACGCCAGGCAUGGCACGUGUACAUGUCACGGACACUGUGCUGCCAUCAUGUGAUGAUGUCCUCGUGUCCCUAGGGUGGCCGUCAUUGUCCACCGUGAGAAGUGUGCACAAGACACACUUGGAAAAUAUGCUUAGAAAUAAAAACGAUUUUGUGUAUUUUUAUA